AUUUAGAAUCUGAUUGUAAGGAAAAACAGUUUCCCAAGUUUCACACAAUUUAUUGAGUCCUGAUAUCUAAAUACUGUGUACACAGAGUAAAAUGGAUCCCACAUCUCUUUUACCAACAUUUUUAAAAAUAGAUCUGACAAUAUCGCAUAUUGAAUGUCUUCUCACAGAUAUUCUGGUGAAAUUUGAAGGCAUAAAUAAUAGUGAAUGUGAGUUUGACUAUCAUAUAUUGCAGAAGGAAAUACAACAUUGUCCAAAAGUGAAAAAUAAGUUGGACAUUGAUGACUUUUGUUUGGUGGAAGAAAGCGUAUCCGGAGAAUGGCAGAGAGGAAAAGUUGUGAAAAAGAAAAAUGAACUUUAUACAGUACUUCUCAUAGAUUGUGGAAAAGAACUAAGAGUUGAUAGUACACAGGUUGCUUCAGCCUGUGGUGAUUUAUUUGAGCUACCACCACGAGUAGUAUUUGGCAUUUUUGCUAACAUACUACCAGUUGGGGAAAAAUGGUCUCCUAAGGCUUUGAAUUUUUUCAAGUCAUUACAAGGAAUACACGUGAAAGGCUAUGUGCAAGCGACUUUGCCUCAGCAAAGGAUUCUUCUUGAAGUACCCAAAAUUAUAUCCCAGGCCCUAGAAUUACAAUUAGGAAGAUUUAUUGAUAGAGAUUCAUUUUGUCUUAUUGUGGAAAUGUUAAAAGAAUGCCCUCCACAAAUGCCAGAUUUGUUACAACUUAGAAGACCUGAAUUGUUGUUAACUAGUAAUGAUAUUUCACUUAAUAUUCAUUAUGUUCUGGAUAAUUUACAGCCAUCUUUGUCAGUAGGAAAUAUUGAAAGUGUAAAGGUAUCAUCUGCGUUGAGCCCAAGUAAAUUUUAUUGCCAGUUAAUUAAAUGGAUUCCAGAGCUAGAAAACUUGACAAUGUGUAUGACUUUGCAUUAUGAUAUUAUUAGUCAAGAAACUAGUCCCAUGUGUGACAAUUUUGGAUUAUUUUGUGUUGCCAAAAGGAGAAAUGGACAGUGGCAUAGAGGAAUUCUUCAGCAGCUCUUGCCCAAUAAUCAGGUAAAAAUUUGGUUUAUGGAUUAUGGCAGUAGUGAGACUAUACCCUUAAUUUAUGUCAAGAAACUUAAACACGAUUUUAUUUUAGUACCAUUAUUUUCAUUUCCAUGCUCUCUGACAUAUUUGCACAGUUCAGAUAGAGAUGCAAGAGAAUUUCAACUGAGUGUAUUUAAACAAGCCUUGUUAGGACAAAUAGUAUAUGCACACAUUGAUUGGUUCAAUAAGGAUGAACAUUUGUAUUAUGUGACAUUACAAAUGCAAAACCCUACAACUAAUUCUAUGUGUCUGCUGAAGUCUAUAGACAAACAAAUACUUUGUCCAGUGUCUGAUUCAAAAACCUCCAAUAUCUUGAGUAAGACAAGUGUUUCUGAUGUAAACAACUUUGCAGUUGAGAGUUUUAUUGGAAAUAUUGAAUGGCCAAUAGAUUCUCUAAAGAAAAAAGACAUUUUAAAAUUAGGGUUUUCUAUUAAAACUGCAAAAAUGGAGAUAGAGACUGCAUACAUAGGUUUUGUAACAUACAUAUCAAACCCAUCAAAUUUCUGGGUACGCACCAAUAACUAUCAGAAUCAAUUUCAAGAUAUAAUUAAAAAUAUGAAUACAUUUUAUAAUUUGUGUGAAAAUGAUGAAAUGAUUCUAAGAAAACCUGAACCUGGAUUAUUUUGUUGUGCUAGAUAUAGCAAGGACAGAAAUUUUUACAGAGCUGUCAUCACAGAGAUAAAUUGUUGUAAGAUUAAUGUUUAUUUUUUGGAUUAUGGAAAUACUGAUUCCAUACCAUUUUUUGAUGUAAAAAUUUUGCUUCCAGAAUUUUAUGAAUUGCCUGCCUUAGCUAUGUGUUGUUCACUUGCACAUAUAUUUCCCAUUGAAGAUUUAUGGGUAAAGGCUGCAAUUGAUUAUUUUAAAAAACUAGUUUUAAACAAAGCAGUUUUGCUUCAAGUUAUAGCAAAAAGAGAUGACAAAUAUAUUGUAAAUAUUCAAAGUAUUGAAACCUCAGAAAAUAUAGAUGUCAUCUCUCUUAUGUUACAAGCUGGAUAUGCAGAAAAUCAGGAAGUGGAACCACAGUAUUUUCCUGUAAAUGGAUAUUCAGUGUUAAAUUUAAAAUCUAAAAGCAAAGUUAAAAUUAAUGACGUUAUGCCUGCCCUUGUUGAAGGACCUAAAUCUGAAAAGUACCAUUCAGAUAAACCAGAAGAAAAUAAUUUGUCUUUGUCAAAGUUCCCAGUUGUUAAUUUCUCAGAUUCAAAAAAUCCUUUUACCUUAUCUAAGAGACCUGAGUUAUUAUGGCCUUAUAAAGAAUAUAUUUUUAAACCAGGAACGAUUCUUCAAGUUAAAUGUUCUUAUUGUUAUGGUCCAGGUGACUUUUCAUGCCAGCUCCAAUCUAAGUUAGAAGACCUAAAAUUACUAAUGGAAGAAAUUCAGAAUUAUUUUAGCAAUCAUUCUGAUCCUUAUCAGAUUGGGCAGAUUGCUUGUGUUGCUAAGUAUUCUGGGAAGUGGUAUAGAGCUGCUGUUUUGACUCAAGUAUCAGAAAAAGAAGUUGACAUAAUACUUGUUGACUAUGGUUACCAAGGAAGAGUUUUAACUAAAGAUCUUUGUGCUAUUAACCCACGUUUUCUUUUUUUAGAAGGCCAAGCCUUUAGAUGUUGUCUCCAUCAUUUUGUUGAACCCAUUAAUUAUAAAUUAUUCAGUUGGACAAAAGAAGUAUCCAGAGACUUUGGAAAUUUUAUCUCUUUGUCUAGAGGGUUUUUGACUUGUAUUGUGUAUGCCUUAGCUCUUAUACCUCCAAAUUGUUUAUAUAAUUUAGUGGAUUUACAAUCCUCAUUUACUAGUGCAGAUGAAUUUCUUAUUAAUCAUGGAUCCUUUUGGCAUAGUACAUUAUCAAAACCACUCCCAUAUUCUGUUAGUCUUUACAGUUACUAUUAUUCUUCUUUUAAUAUACAGAUUGGAAGUGAAGAAGAAGUAUAUAUAUCACACAUAUAUAGUCCCCAAAAAUUUUAUUGCCAGCUUGGUAGAAAUAAUAAAGAUUUAGAGAUGAUAGAAACAAAAAUCACAGAGAUUAUUAACUUUAAAAAAUGUCCAAAAUAUAAUUCUAGUAAAAUGAGAUUGUGUAUAUCUAAGUAUAUACAAGAUGGUCUCUCAUAUAGAGCUUUAGCAAUGCCAACAGAUUCAUCGUCUGACUUUCUAGUCUAUUUUGUAGACUUUGGAAACAAGCAGUUGGUAGAAGAAAAUAUGUUGAGGGCUAUUUCAGAUCAAUUUCCAGAGUUGCUGUUUACACCUAUGCAGGCUGUUAAGUGUUUUUUGUCGGAUCUUAGAGAUGUAGAUAUUCCAGCAGAAAUCAAUAGCUGGUUUGAGGACAAUUUCUUGGGAAAACAAUUAAAGGCAGUAAUUUUGUCCAGGGAGUCUGAUGGACAACUUGGUAUAGAAUUGUAUGAUGGAUGUCAACAUAUAAAUAAAAAAAUUAAAAUGUUGCUUCAUGCUUACGGAAAAAAACAUUGUGACAAAGCACACUGUCUGGAAAAGAGUCUCAAGAUAAAUGAGAAUAAGAGACUUGCUACUUCAUUGAAAGGCAGAAUAGAAAACAACUAUCCCCAUAGUAUGAUAAAUAAAACUAGUGUAGUAACAUGUUCUGAAAGCAAAACAGAUCAAUUAAUGCACUCCCAAAGUAUAUGUGCCAGGAAUUGGAAACCACUAGUUUGUUAUAAAAUUGACUGUGUGUCAAAAAACAAAGUGAAGAAAUUUUUAAAUGACUGACUUAAAGGUGUAAAAAUUGUCCCUGCAGUUAUUCUUGGUGAAAGUGAUGUGGGCUAAAAAUAAAUAAAAGUUGUAUUACAGUAUUUUAUCAAAGAGUUAAAUAAAAUAGCCUCACAAACAUAUCACUUUAUUAGACUACAGAUCAAAGACCUUCCUCGACCCAAAGUUUACUUGAAUGCCAAAGAAGGGUAUUUUUCUAGUAUCAGUAAUUCCUCAAGUUUUCACAUUCAGCUUGCCAAAAAUGAAAACGUAAUCACUAAACUUGGAGAUCCUUUAAAUAAGAGAAGAGCAAAUACAAUGAAAAAGAGAAAAUCAGUUAAACCUCUCAUGGGAGAUCUUGUAGAACACUCUUGUGGCAGUUCCAUAAAAGUAGUUAUUAAGAAAAUUUCUGGAAAUUUUUUUGAAGCAAAACUUCUUGACUAUGGUAACACUGCAAUAGUAAACACAUCUAAAAUUUCUGAAUUUAAGAAGGAAUUCUUAACUAGUCCUCAGCUAGGAAUUCAUUCUUUCCUUAGUGGAGUAAAAUGGAAUGAGCCUGAUGAAAUAUGGGGUAGCAAAACUGUGGAUUAUUUGGUAUCAAGAGUGAGUAGCAAAACAAUGUCCUGUAAAUUCUUGAAAAAGCAUGGCCAUAAGUGGGAAGUAAAUAUAAUUUGUGAUGUAAAAUGUGUAAUAAAUGAACUGCUGCAAUAGAUAGCAUGUCCAAAACUAUGGAAGACAGCAUUGCAAAUGCCUUGGGUUAGCUCUCAAAAAGUGAGCCUUGGUGAUAACAAUGAAAUGAAAAAAGGGAGAUUAAAUAAGGGUGAAGGGUCUAUGUCUUCAACAUCCUAUCAAUAGCUGUUUUAAAUUCCUUUUGAAGAGUUAACACCUGGGCAACUUGAGAAAACUGAAAUACUUCAUGUUUCAUGAAAGUGGAAGAUUUUAUGUGAAGUUAUAAAAAAAUCAGAUUUAACAGUAUUAGCUAAUAAUGAAGAUGAAUUUUCUUUUUUAUCAAUGGAAAACAUUGAAAAGGGCUUAGAAUGUUUGAUAAAAUCUAAAAACAUUCUGAUGAUACAAUCAGAAGUAGAAGAAAAGUAUGUUGAAGAGAAAGUGCUUUUUUAAUUAGUAGAUCAUGGAAGGUGUGAAAUAGCACUUUGAUGUAAUAUCAAGGUGCUUAGAAAUAAAAUUAGAAACAUUUCAAGACAAGCUGUGCUUUGUAAAUGGAUUUGACUUGAAAAUUCUAGGAACAUGUCAUUUGAAUCCAUUUUGUGUUUAUUUGCUCAUUUGGAAAUAAGUAUCAUUUUCAUGAAAUGUUUAGACUAGGAAGUAGAAAUUUUAGUAGUUGGCCGGUUACUUUUGGAAUAUUUGAAUUUAAAUACAGUUCAUGUUAAAGAAAACAAACUUAAAACUUCAGGAAUUGUUUUCAGCCUUGAAUCUAAGACUCCAGUGCUGUCAUGUGCAAUAAGAUCAUUUAUUUGGGCACAACUCCAAAAUGGUAGGCAGUAUUCUGGUAUUGCCACUGUUCCUGAUCCAUCAGACUUCUGUAUUCAGUUAGAUCAUUUCUUUUACACAAUGAAAUAUCUUUUUAUGAUGCUCUCUGAUUUACCAGAAACCUUACAUAUGCCUUAGCACCUCAUAAUUCCUGGUUCUAGGUUUGAAUUGGAACAUCAGUGCAAUAGAAUAGAAGUUUCUGAAGUCUCAGAUAACUCUUUAUUUCUUAUAUUGAGCUAUGGAUUUUCGUUACAUAUACUUUAUUCAUAUAUAAUAAAUCUUAAAGUUAUUCCUGAGGAAAUUUUGAAUUUGCCAGAACUGAGUUAUACGUGUAUCUUAUAUGGUACCUUACCUGAUAAAGGGAAACACUGGAGUGAAAAAACCCAAAUGCUUUGGCAAGAUUUUCUAAGUAAACCAGCCUUAGUUUUUCAGGUUAGGGAAUAUAAUUCUGAUACAAAACAGAAAGGAGAUGUCAUUCAUGAGAAAAGCAAUUUGGCAGUUAUAUCAGUUGCAUCUGGUCUCGCAACGUGGUCUGAAGAUUCAGCUCAUCUUGUGAUAACUGCUACUGGAUCAAAUAAAAUUCAAUGUAAAUUACAGAGUACGUCUAUUUGCCUGUGA